AGAAAAGUCUCAUAUGUCAGAAAGCUGUAUGGUUUAAUCAUAACAUGAAUUAGCCUUAUCAUUUAUUAAUAAUCUAACAUCAGCACCUAACAGUUAAUACUUGGAGGCAAGGACUCCAUUUGAGAAAUGAAUUUCUCCAUAUUUAUGGAGAGGAACACAGAAAAGUAGGGUAGCUCCUUGGCUAAAGCACUGUGCUACUGGUGAAUGCUGUAAAUUCAAAUCCCAGCAUCACCACAGCUGCCACUGGUGGGCCCAUAAGCAAGGCCAUUAACCCUCAACUGCUCAGUUAUGUUCUGUCUCAAGUGUUAGACACGUUGGAUAAAAGCGUCAGCCAACUGGGAUAAAUACAGUUCACACUUGAAACACAAUGCACAGGCAUUCUUCUAUUAAAAUCAGGUACGAUUCUUCUCUGUCUUUCUGGGGAUUAUUUUCUUUGACUGAGAACGAUGUUUGUUUUUGGAAACAGUUCCCCAAGUCCAUAGAAAUGUCAAAUGCAGAAUGCCUCCAAAACUUCCUCAGGCAGUGGAUAACACUAUACAACAAUCAGGCCUAACAUUAUGAGCACUGAGAGGUGAAGUGAAUAACACUGAUUAUCUCAUCAUGGCACCUGUUAGUGGGUGGGAUAUAUUAGGCCGCAAGUGAACAUUUUGUCCUCAAAGUUGAUGUGUGAAUGGGCAAACGUAAGGAUUUGAGCGAAUUUGACAAGGGCCAGACUGUGAUGGCUAGACCACUGGAUCAGAGCAUCUCCAAAACUGCAGCUCUUGUGGGGUGUUACCAGUUUGCAGUGGUCAGUAUCUAUCAAAAGUGGUCCAAGGAAGGAACAGUAGUGAACCAGUGACCGGGUCAUGGGCAGCCAAGUCUCACUGAUGCACAUGGGGAGUGAAGGCUGGGCCGUGUGGACUGAUCCAACAGACGAGCUACUGUUGCUCAAAUUGCAAAGAAGUUAAUGCUGGUUCUGAUAGAAAGGUGUCAGAAUACACAGUGCAUGACGGGUCAGGGCUGUUUUGGCAGCAAGAGGUGGAUCGACACAAUAUUAGGCAGGUGGUCAUAAUGUUAUGCCUGAUCGGUGUAUAUUGAAUUGUUGCACCUUUCAGAAUAAUGAAACCUUAGAAGUCUGAAAGUCAGAAAAGAAAAAGAAAACAGGAAGCAGAACUGUAAUUCAUUCAAUUAAGCAUGACAACUGUAUGCUAAGACAUUUAAUAAUGUAAGUCUAAUCCAACAUCACUGUGGAGCAAGCAGCUAGCUAUAGGAGCUGACAUUCGGUUUAGCGCACAUGGUGUUAAUUAGCUAGCUAUCCUGGUAGAAUUCAUCAUUUUCUCAAAUUGUUUUUAUCUUUUAAAAUCUAUAUUUUAAAAAAAAAUGUUUAUACAAUACUUCAUUCCACAAAUUUAUCUGAAGCGUCAUUCCAUGAAUGCUGAUAUUCAGCCUAACAUCGCUAUAACUUGUCACUUUCUAUCACUCCACUUGUUCAUGAUUGCUGCAUUAAAUUAUAUUUAUAGCAACAUUUUAUUACAGUGAAGCCGGUACUACACUUACUACAGGCUCUUAAUCACUAUGUGUUUCAUGGCAGCAGGCAGCACUCUAUCCAGCUGUGUCUUGUUUUGGAAACCAUGAAGAAUAAACCCUAAUUUAAUGCAUUGGUGCACUGAGUAUUUACAUUGGCUUAUGUCAUGAAUUGUGUGUUUAGAUCUUAAAAAGGUAUCCUGUGCUGUUUUUUUUUUUACAUUUCAAGAGAUACAUCUUUUGAACAUUGGUCUAAUGUGAAUGAUCCUGACCCGGUUCAGAUAUGGGCCUGGCAGAGAGUAGUGUGUUAACUGUCUUAUCUGAAAGGGAUCUCCAAUCUGCAGGACGUUCUCAAACAGAGGAUCAGAAAGCUCGGAAAAUCACCAAGAGUCUGCGCCAUCCUAACUGUUACCAUCUGGAAAUAUCCUUGCUGCAUUCAGAAAGCCAACCUUUAGCAGAAAGCUGAUGUGUCUCUAAGUAUAGUGACUCACACAUUUUUAAUCUUUAGAUAGAAAGAAAGCAAGCUCCUCAUUCAUAAGCUUUAAUCAUUAGUGGCCCUCAUUCUCUACACACUGUUCUCAUUGCCCAGGUAAUUCUGCACCUACACUCCCCUUAAUGUUUUUUUUUUCCCCUCCCAUACUCUGCAUAUCUUUUUAAAGGUCAAAUCCAGGAAUGUCAUAAUUAAGCAUGAUAUUCUGAAGAGUGAGACCUUAAUGACGGUCACAAUGUCCUACAGCAUUAAUUAUAACACAAUAUACCACGUGACCUUCAAUUAUUUGAAGAGGAAUAAUAAUCAUUUAUCUGGAAGGUGAGGGCUAUGCCUCUGUGUAUAAAAGGAUAGAAAAGAGGGAUGGGAAGAAACAGAGGAUAUUCACCUGCGAUUUAGUUCUGAGGACUAAGAUAAAGAUGUUGACUGUAUUGGUUUUAGCAGCAGUGAUGAUGGUCUCAGUUGAAUCGGACACCUCGAGUACAGAAGAAUGGAAGUCUCUGAGCAAUCCAAAAAGCAGAAUGCUGUUUUUCCAGAUUCUCCAGUCGUAUCUUGAUGGUCGAGAAGGGCAAAAUGAAGGCAGAAAAAUACAUAUGGUGGACGAUUUGGACAGCAACCUGGCAAAUACUGCACUGGACAAAUACAGCAACUUUCUCUACAAUAGCAUUUAUGAUGUUGAAUAACAGCACAACAAAUGAGGUUUUGUUAUUUAUGUAUUAAUCUAGAUAUAUAUCGAACAUGAUCCUGUUAAAACACCUCAUAAAACAUACAGGCACUAAAAUAUCAGUGUCAGAAUUAUUUUCAGUGUGUUCCCAUGCAUCUAAUUGCAGUUAUAUUAUAAAUGAAGAGGAUGAGAUGUGUCUUUUCAACCGGCUUAGCAUUGACCAGGCAUAACACAUUAUGACCAUUAUUGUGCUGGUCCACUUUUUGCUGCCAAAAUAGCCCUGACCCAUCAUGCACUGUGUAUUCUGACACCUUUCUAUCAGAACCAGCAUUAACUUCUUCAGCAAUUUCAGCAACAGUAGCUCGUCUGUUGGAUCGGAUCACACAGGCCAGCCUUCACUCACCACGUGCAUCAGUGAGCCAUGGCUGCCCAUGACCCUGUUGCAGGUUCACCACUGUUCCUUCCUUGGACCACUUUUGAUAGAUAGUGACCACUGAGCUGCACACCCCACAAGAGCGGCAGAUUUGGAGAUGCUCUGAUCCAGUUGUCUAGCCAUCACAAUUUGGCCCUUGGUCAAACUCUCACAUCCUUACGCUUACCCAUUUUUCCUGCGUCUAACACAUCAACUUUGAGUACAAAAUGUUCACUUACUGCCUAACAUAUCCCACCCACUAACAGGUGCCAUGAUGAAGAGAUAAUCAGUGUUCACCUGUCAGUGCUCACCUGUCAGUGCUCAUAAUGUUAUGCCUGGUCGGUGUAAGAUGUAAAACAUGCAUUAAAGGAAAUAAAUACAUGAUAAAGGUCAAAUCCAGGAAUGUAUUGGAAUGUAUGUACAGGAGUGUAGUGGCAUUGUAUUUCUAAUUAUGCGUUAUAUUAAUUUUAAAUGAUCUCAUAUAUAUAUACAGAAAGGACCAAUGUCUGGAUGUUUGAAAAAAUAAAAAAUAAAAAAUAGUA